AUGUACUUUGUCGUGGAACAAUGGAAGAUUAUAAAUGUGAAGCCGUCGCAAUUAGGUCCGAGCUACCAGCAGAACAUCGAGGAGAUGCUGCGGAACCAGGUCGAGGGCCACUGUAGUUCGAAAUAUGGUUAUGUUGUAUGUGUCAUCCGUAUAAUUAAGAACGAAAUUGGCCGCGUCCAGGAUGGCACUGGCAUGAUCGUGGUGAACGUGAAAUACCAGGCCAUAGUUUUCAAGCCUUUUAACGAUGAGGUACUUGACGCUAUAGUGACGGACGUGAACAAACUCGGGUUUUUUGCUCAAGCUGGCCCUUUGAAGGCAUUCGUAUCGCGCACUGCCAUUCAACCGAGCUUUGUAUAUGACAACGAUGCCGCGAAUCCAUGCUACUCUGACGGCACGAUUAGCAUAAAGCCGCAAACGGAAGUUCGUAUGCGGAUUCAGGGUAUACGCUACGACAAUUCUAACAUGUUCGCCAUCGCCACGGUUAAUGCGGAUUACUUGGGAGCGCAAAUAGAGUUCUUUAAGCGUUUCUGUCGGGAAUUCUUGCUGGUAGGCACACCGUCGUGUAAGAUAAUAAGGCAUUUGUUGGGUCCUCACCUCAGUCCACAGUUGCCAAAGAGUGUAGACAAGAUGAUCGGUAGUACGCUUCCAAGUGAAGUAUUAGAUUCAAAGCUGCUAAAGGAUGACGGGGGGGAGGCGACUCUUCGCUCGAUUUUAUCAAACAUGCCCAGCGAUCGCAAGGGUGUGGUGAUGUUUUUAUUCCCUAGCAUCGAUACACCAUUCUGCACCGCACAGGCAUGCGAUUUCAGCUCAUCGACCGAAUCGUUUCACUCUCUUGGGUACCAAGUCUACGGUAUGACGCGAGUGUCAGGACGUUCUACCGAGGAUUGGGUGAAGAAGCAUAAACUAAACUUCACCGUCCUGAUGGAUCCGGAUUGGACCGUUAUUAAACACUUGAAGUGCACCUGGAUGCAUUUUUUGAUUAACAGGUCACAUGUGGUCAUUAGGCGUGAUGGCAAGAUUUUGGCACUGGAACGAAGUGUCCCGGCCGUUCAAUCUGCAUCAAGGGUGCUUGAAAUAAUCAAGACGCUGCCACCCAUUACUGAUUGA